AUGGACGACCUUCCAAUAAGAUUCCAGGAGUUCUGUCAGCUUACCGACCUAGGCGUCAACCAGACAAGCAUCGGAUUUAACACUUUAACGAUGGAGUCGGACCGUUUCAUAUGCGUGCGUGAAGCACCAGCAGAGGGUUCGAACCAAGUUGUCAUAGUUGAUCUCAAUGAUAUCCAAAAUGUCAUGAAACGACCAAUCUCAGCAGAUUCUGCAAUAAUGCAUCCUACCUCCAAAAUCCUGGCUUUGAAGUCUCAGAGACAACUUCAAAUUUUCAAUCUUGAAUUGAAGGCAAAGGUCAAAUCUCAUUUUAUGAAUGAAGAUGUGCUUUUCUGGAAAUGGAUUAAUAUCAAGACUUUAGGGCUCGUGACGGGGACUGCCGUCUACCAUUGGUCAGUAGAAGGCGAGUCAGCACCAACCAAAGUUUUCGAUAGGCACCCGAGCCUUGCAAAUUCUCAAAUUAUCAACUAUCGAGUAAAUUCCGAUGAAAAAUGGAUGGUUCUUGUUGGCAUAUCGGCGGUGGAGGGGAGAGUCGUUGGAAACAUGCAACUAUUUUCGAAAGAGCGUCAAGUCAGUCAACCUAUUGAAGGUCAUGCUGCGGCAUUUGCUACUAUAUUAUUGGAAAAUGGUGUUUCUCCAACAAAGCUGUUUACAUUCUCUGUAAGAAAUGCAUCCGGUGCAAAGCUACAUAUCGUUGAGGUCGAUCACAAGGAUGAAAAUCCGCAAUUUCAAAAAAAGAAUGUAGACGUCUUUUUCCCUGCAGAGGCGGCUGCCGAUUUCCCUGUUGCCAUGCAAAUCAGCCCAAAGUAUAACAUCAUCUUUCUUGUUACCAAAUUUGGAUAUAUUCACUUAUACGACUUGGAGAGCGGGACGUGCAUUUAUAUGAAUAGAAUAAGUAGUGAUACCAUCUUUGUGACCGCGGAGCACGAAGCAACUAGUGGAAUUAUUGGAGUUAAUCGAAAAGGCCAA